AGCUCCGCUUAAACUCCACAACCUUCAUCGCAUAAACCUACGUGGACUACAACACAAGCGAGCUCGUGCAUUAGUCCUUAUCAACACUACUCGGGCAUUCGUCCGGAAACGCCCAUACGUUUCUUUUUCUGAGGGCAAAGUGGUCACUUGACACACCUACUAUCCCCAAUUUAAGUCUCACCCACGGGCCCGGCCGAAUAGCUUGGACCAGACACAAAACGCCAAAUCAACCUGGGCAGCUCGCUGUUCGCACAACGCCAAGUUCACUGCGCUAAACCGACCUUGUAAGCCCUCUACCACCUUCGUAUAAAGAGGGGCUCCCUCCUCGAAAGACAUCAUCACACAGCCCACGACGCUGCUGUCACCACGGAAGUACGCCACUCUCUCACGCAAGAAGCAACAGCGUCACCAUGUCUACCUCGGGACCGCGCUACCACAUUCCUUUCCCCCGCACGUUCCUGACGCUCAACGCUCGGGAGAAGAAGACAUGCAACAACAACAACGACAGUGUCGUCUCUGCCACUACGGGGACCAUAGCGCACAGCUUCCUCUCCAACCGUCCGGCGCCCCGCACCUCUUCCUUCUCCUCGGACACGGCUUCAGAACCCUCCAUUGUUAGUCCUCCGGCGUCUCCAGAAGCUAAGCCAGUGGCCUCGUCCGCACUGGAGCGGAAAGCUCCCGCCUUUCUUCAGCUCAACAGCAAGUUCACGCCUCCGCCAACGACCCACACGGAGUUGAAGUUUGGAACGGGCGGGUUCCUGUCCAACAGGAACUAAGCAGAGACAAUGCAACUUGAAUGGCGACCCACCGCCGAGUUAACGACCGUGACGAUUUCCUUUUCCUUUGGUUCCAGUUUUCAGCGCAAUGGGUGCGUGGAUGGAGUACAUACGGGAGCCGCUCAACCAGCGGCCAGAUGACCAGACCACACACAUCUCGGCGUUCUUUUGGGGGGACGAUCAUGAUGAAUGUGGUGCGAAGCACGCUUUAUUUUUUCUUGGGUUCAUAUCGAGGUACGGCGCCCAGCCAUGUUGGCGCCGGACGGGUCGAAAAUCAUUAGGUAGCUAAUAAUUGCACAAAGCUUGGGUUUGCGGUGUAAGGAUUAGAGCCUUUAGUUGUGUUGGGUGCUGGUUCGGCGAAUAAUAAUAUUACGGAAUAUCACAAAGUACGGGUUUGUAGAGUUCGUGUUACAUAGCAGAUUGCAAAAUUCCGCUGCCCGACAGCGGGGAGUUUUCCAAGCGAAGAAAUAAGGACGGGA